GGUUCCUGCGCAUGCUGCUUCCCCAGGCUUCGAGUCGGGAACCCGGGCUGCAGGGUCGGAGAGCCAGGUGCUGAGCCCCCCUCUGCAGGUGUAGGGGUCAGUCCCAGCCGGCGCUCCAGCCAUGGGCAGAGCCCUGAUGCCACAGCAGGACGCUGGGGAAAGGGAGCUCCCGCCUCAGGGGCCCCCCUGGAGAGCAGGGGGUCCUGCCACACUGAGGGUCCUGAUCCUCGCCCUGCUCUGGAGGGGGUCCCUGGCCCAGCUGCCCGGAUUUACCCUGACGGUGCCGCAGUCGGUGUCGGUGCAGGAGGGUCUCUGUGUUCUCGUCCCCUGCACCUUCACGUACCCAGCCUCCUUCGACACCGACAAUCCCUCGGCCCCGCUCUAUGGAUACUGGUUCAAGGAGCCUGGUACUGUGGGCCAGGAUCGUCCCGUGGCCAGCAGUCUCUCCAGCCUGGGGGUGUCGCAGGAGACCCAGGGCCGGUUCCGGCUGACGGGGGAUCCAGCGCACGGCGACUGCUCCCUGCAAAUCAGUGAUGCCCGACGGACGGAUGCAGAGAGAUAUUUCCUUCACAUCGAGAAAGGCCUGUUAGAUCACACUUACCGCUCCAAUUCCGAUGGCGCUGACCCUGCGCUCACGAUCUCCGUGCACGGGCUGAUGGAGGAGCCAGAGAUCCAGAUCUUGCCGGCGCGGGGGCUGCCAGGGACGCUGCUGGCAGGGGAGCCGGUGAAUGUGACCUGCACGGCCCCUGGGCGCUGCUCCGGGCCCCCUCCCCGAGUGACCUGGACGGGGCCAUUCAGCGACACAGCCCAGAACGUCUCAGCCCAGCUGGGGAACGGCACCUGGGCCCACAGUUCCACGCUCAGCUUCACGCCCGGCCUGGGGGACCACGGCAAAAAGCUCGUCUGCAGCGUCACCUACAGGCCACAGGGACCUUCCACCCGCAGAACCGUCCGGCUCCAUGUUGGCUACCCGACCAGGCCUCCCAAGACGACUGGUAACCAUAUCAGGAACGGACACCCCAACCCGACCGGGCUCCCCAACACCACUGGGACCCUGACCAGCAACGGACUGGAAGCCCCGAGAAUCAGUGGCCUCAUUCGGGCAUUUAUUGAAAUCAGCUGCAAACUCGUCUUCGCGGCGACUGGAUUCUUCCUGGCGUAUUACCUCACCCUGCUCUAUUACAGACGGACACCCUGCUGCUCUCAUGGAAGCAGAAGGAAGGACAGGCCGGUGUGCUGUUCCCAGCGCCUCGCCCCAGAGGCAGACGCAUCUCAGCUCCGGGUGAGCAACUCCUGGGCAGUGUCGAUGUGUGACUGUUCCCAGCCGCCCCGCCCCAGAGGCGGCUGUAUCUCAGCUCGGGGUUUGUACCAGCCGCAUGCCCCAGCCAUGGGCAGAGUCCCGAUGCCACAGCAGGACGCUGGGGAAAGGGAGCUCCCGCCUCAGGGUCCCCACUGGAGAGCAGGGGGUCCUGCCAUGCUGAGGGUCCUGAUCCUCGCCCUGCUCUGGAGGGGGUCCCUGUCCCAGCUGCCCGGAUUUACCCUGACGGUGCCGCAGUUGGUGUCGGUGCAGGAGGGUCUCUGCGUUCUCGUCCCCUGCACCUUCACGUACCCAGCCUCCUACGACACCGACAAUCCCUCGGCCCAGCUAAAUGGACAGUGGUACAAGGAGCCUGCUACUGGGGGCCAGGAUCAUCCCGUGGCCAGCAGUGUCACCAGCAACGGGGUGUCCCAGGAGACCCAGGGCCGGUUCCGGCUGACGGGGGAUCCAGCGCGCGGCGACUGCUCCCUGCAAAUCAGUGAUGCCCGACGGACGGAUGCGGGGAGAUAUUUCUUUUACAUCGAGAAAGGCCUGUUUGAACACACUUACCGCCCCAAUUCCAAUGGCACUGACCCUGUGCUCACGAUCUCCGUGACAGAGCUGACGGAGAAGCCAGAGAUCCAGAUCUCGCCGGCGCGGGGGCUGCCAGGGAUGCUGCUGGCCGGGGAGCCGGUGAAUGUGACCUGCACGGCCCCUGGGGGCUGCUCCGGGCCCCCUCCCCGAAUCACCUGGACGGGGCCGUUCAACGACACAGCCCGGAAUGUCUCAGCCCCGCUGCCAAAUGGCACCUGGGCCCACAGCUCCGCGCUCAGCUUCACGCCCGGCCCGGGGGACCACGGCAAAGAGCUCGUCUGCAAUGUCACCUACAGGCCACCACGGGGACCUUCCACCCACAGAACCGUCCGGCUCAACAUCACCAACCCGCCCGGGCCCCCCAGCAUCACCGGGACCCUGACCAGUAACGGACGCCCCGUGCCAGCCGCAUUGAAGGCUGAGCGCGACAUCGUGUCUCUGGAUACCCAGGAGGGCGACUCCCUGAGCCUGAGCUGUGAGGCUGGGAGCAGACCUGAGGCCACCCUCAGCUGGGCCAAGGGGAACGAGUCCCUGAGCUCUGGCCAGGGAGGGGCCGGGCGACUGGAGCUGCCGAAUCUCAGCAGAGGGGACGCUGGGGAGUAUCGGUGCUGGGCCAAGAAUUCCUACGCUAGGGGCACCCUGGUGGUGAACGGGUCACAGCUCAUGGCCCGGAAGGGCGACUCCCUGCGGUUCCUCUGCUCUGUCGCCAGCAGCCCCCCCAAUGAGCUGGGCUGGAUCCAGGGCAGAGGGGAAAUCAGCGGCCGCCUUUGCGAGGUGAAGGAUCAAAUCAGGCAUCAGUACCUGACCGGGCCCCCCAACACGACUGGGAACCAGACCAGGAACGGACGCCCCGACACGCCCGGGCCCCACGAUGCCACUGGGACCAGCAAUGGAAGCCCUGGGCCGGCCCCAUUGAAGGCUGAGUGCAACAUCGUGUCUCUGGAGACCCAGGAGGGCGACUCCCUGAGUCUGAGCUGUGAGGCUGGGAGCAGACCCGAGGCCACCCUGAGCUGGGCCAAGGGGAACGAGUCCCUGAGCCCCAGCCAGGGAGGGGCCGGGCACCGGGAGCUGCCGAAUCUCAGCAGAGGGGACGCUGGGGAGUAUCGGUGCUGGGCCAAGAAUUCCUACGGGUCGGCCAGCUGGGCCCUGCGUGUGCACGUGCAGCAUCCCAGCACUCUGGUGGCCAACGGUUCACAGCUCUCGGCCCGUGAGGGCAACUCCCUUUGGUUCCUCUGCUCCCUUGCCAGCAGCCCCCGUGUGGUGCUGCGCUGGUGGCAGGUGGACGGGGAGCCCCUGGCUCGGACUGGCUCACUGGGGACCCUGCAGUUCAGCUCGCGUGUGCAGGGGGACGAGACUGUCAGAAAAGAGUAG